CAUACCUCAGUAUGCCAAUAGCUUUUUGUUGUGGUACUGUUUAUUAAAUAUUUACUGAUACUUUUCCAAAGCCUUAAUAAACAGGAAGCAAUGACUGGCAUUUUUUUCCUCUACCAACGACUUGUUAUUUUCCUACCUGAUCAUCUAACUUAUUAUUUAUUCACAUUAUAGGACCCUGUGGGUACUGAAAUCCAACUCACCCAUGCCUAUUUCCUGUAAUGGACGAACUUGAUGCUAAUGUGAGUUCCAAGGAGGGUUUCCGGUCAGUGGAGAAGGUCGUGCUGCUCACGUUUCUCUCCGCGGUUAUCCUGAUGGCCAUCUUGGGGAACCUUCUGGUGAUGGUGGCCGUGUGCAGAGACCGGCAGCUCAGGAAAAUAAAAACCAACUAUUUCAUUGUCUCUCUUGCCUUUGCGGAUCUGCUGGUCUCCGUGCUGGUGAUGCCCUUCGGUGCCAUUGAGCUGGUUCAGGACAUCUGGAUUUACGGGGAGAUGUUUUGCCUCGUCCGGACUUCUCUAGACGUCCUGCUCACCACAGCAUCAAUUUUUCACCUGUGCUGCAUUUCUCUGGACAGGUAUUAUGCCAUCUGCUGCCAGCCUUUGGUCUAUAGGAACAAGAUGACCCCUCUGCGCAUCGCGUUAAUGCUGGGAGGCUGCUGGGUCAUCCCCAUGUUUAUCUCUUUCCUUCCUAUAAUGCAAGGCUGGAACAACAUUGGCAUAAUUGAUUUGAUAGAAAAAAGGAAGUUCCCUCAGAGCUCUAACUCCACGUACUGUGUCUUCAUGGUCAACAAGCCCUACGCCAUCACUUGCUCCGUGGUAGCCUUCUACAUCCCGUUUCUCCUCAUGGUGCUGGCCUAUUACCGCAUCUAUGUCACAGCCAAGGAGCACGCCCACCAGAUCCAGAUGCUACAACGGGCAGGAGCCCCCUCGGAGGGCAGGCCCCAGCCGACAGACCAGCAUAGCACUCAUCGCAUGAGGACAGAGACCAAAGCAGCCAAGACCCUGUGCAUCAUCAUGGGUUGCUUCUGCCUCUGCUGGGCCCCCUUCUUUGUCACCAAUAUUGUGGAUCCGUUCGUAGACUACACAGUCCCUGGGCAGGUGUGGACAGCUUUCCUCUGGCUCGGCUAUAUCAAUUCUGGAUUGAACCCCUUCCUCUACGCUUUCUUGAAUAAGUCUUUUCGACGUGCCUUUCUCAUCAUCCUCUGCUGUGAUGAUGAGCGCUACCGAAGACCUUCCAUUCUGGGCCAGACUGUCCCCUGUUCAACCACAACCAUUAAUGGGUCCACACACGUGCUAAGGUACACAGUUCUGCACAGCGGGCAUCACCAGGAACUCGAGAAACUGCCCAUACACACUGACCCAGAAUCCCUGGAAUCAUGCUUCUGAUUGAGGACCUGGCUCACAGCUAAGCCAUUCAUUCCCAUUUGUGUCUGCAUGAACAGGACACCCUGGCACCUCUCCUGACCCUCAUCACCACCAGUGAGGUAUGAGAAAGGGGGCCCAGGGCCCAGGGAAGGUCAUGGAGGACCGUCCGUGUCGGACAGGCCCUGAGACCAGAACGUGGAGGAUCACAGAGUUGAGAAGGGACUUCAAGUGUCGUCAUAUCCAGCCUCCCACCCAACACAGGAGUAGCAUCCUUCACAGCAUCCCUGGAAAUUGGUCAAUCUCUGCUUGCACACGUCCAGGGACAGGAGCUCACUACCUCCUAAUGCAGUCCCUUCUGCCGUAGGGAAGCUGUAAUUAAAGGAAGAUUUUUAGAGAGCUCUCGACUCUAUCACUGUUCCAAUGGGGCCAUGCAGUUGGCCACCUCUUCCUCUUAAGAACCCUUAGCUGUUGGGAGGCAGUGAUCUGCCACCCACUCACCCUUUUAAUUCUUCCUACACUCAACAGCUCCAGUUUUCUCUCCAUGCUGGCCAUCUGCUUCUGGUGGAUGAAUUCAUCAAGGCUCUUUUAACAAAAUUAGGUUGAUGGCAAUGCCAAGAGGUUCGUCCAGAAGCAGCGAAGUGCUGACAAGAGAAGCAUCAGUAUAUCUUGGUUUAUAGACAUGAGCAUUUUUUUUCUCGUCAUAUUUUGAGGGGUAUAGACUCUGGGAACUCUGCUUAGGAUUUGGUUUCAGAUCUGUUACCAGCUCUAUGUGCGCAUCUGUUUAAAGGUGGCGUUCUCUCCUUAGCACACUGGCUUUGAGGUUAUUCGGAAAGAAUCCUGAUUCACUUCCCUUCCAUGACAAUGCAGAAAGGGCCUGCGCCUUUACCCAGAACGUCAGUUGAGAAUGGUCCUACCACUCCGCUUUGGGGAACAACACUCAGUUGCUGUAAUCCAUUGAGUGGCUUUCGGGGCCCUGUGCUGAGUCAGUGCCUGGUCUUGGUCAGGACAGUUGGCUCUUUUGGCAAAGACAGAGCCACAGACCAACUUGCUUUCUAGGAACCUCAUUGGCCCCUGCCUGGGAAGCUCCUGCGCUACCGCUUUUCUACAUCUUUCACCAGCAUCUACCCUUCGCCACGCUCCUACGUAGACGCUUCCCUGAUGUCAAAGUUACCACCAAAUUACUUUAUCUUGGAGUGAAUUAUGCCCCCAGGUUGAGGCUCAGUUGCCUUUCUUGUGGUUGCUGAUAAAAACCCUAUCGGAAGGAUUGCUUGUUGGUCCUUAUAGGAGCCCGUUGAACAGACAGUGUGGGUGAUGGUCAGGUGCGUAUGUGAUAACACCCCACAAGGCAAAGAUGCGCCAGACCUUUCUGACCUCGCCAGCUCCCCUUCACCUUCCACCUGGUCUGUUUAUCCUGCUUCCUUUCCUGAGUGACCUCAGAAGCCACAUUGCCUCCCUAUCCCCUAUUUCACCCGUGAGGGCACAAUCCAUUACCUUCCCCUUUUCUCUCUGUCCCAGAAAUGGUAAGAAGGAUGGUCAGACUCCACACAGGACUAGGGUGACCAGCCACUCUGGUUCUAGCACUGAAGGUCCCACAUCCCAAGAAACCCAUUAGUAACCGACAGACUGGGCCAGUUGGUCACCCACCAAGGGGACCCUCCCCAUGCUGAGGAUUAAGAAGCCCCCUCAGAUUUGCUUUCCUUUCUUCACUUUUUUUAAUGGUAAAGGCAGAGAUGCAUGAAAUUGGGGGUCCAUAGUUCUCCACGUGCUCUCUGAAUGUGGUUUCUGCUCUCCUUGAUUCACAAAGAACUUCUUAGGGAAGGACUAAGACAGCGCUCACAAGAACCAGCUCACAGCGAGGAGGAAUAGGUUUAGUGCUUCGAGGCAACUGGUAAACUUUGUUAACCCCCUGAAGUCGGUAGGAUCUACUAUAAAUGCCUAUGGGCGCACACAGAUACAUAAAUACAAUUGGAUUUCUUCCCUGAGAAAUGCUUCUUUUCCCAGGGGCUUAGCAAGCAUAUUUAUUUAUGUAACACUAGAGGCCCCUGAGCACGAAUUCGUGCACAGGUGG